CCACUGGAGUCAGAGCCGUCAUUCCACCGUUCGGUUCGGUCGGGUUCGGGUUAUUUUCACCCUUAACGUGCUUUCGCCCCGACCGAUACACGCUCAGUUCGCGCCCGAACAAAUCACGUGCUCCUCACGCCCCCGAAAUUCAAAAUAGCAAGCUUUGAAAAGCGGUAAAAAUUGCCACGUUGAUGCCGAUGCACCUCGACGUACUUGAAUAAUCUCCCACACAGAUUUUCACCGCUUCAAUAAUGCCGAAUGAAAGUGUUCCAAUCUGCGGAUGCGGAGUGGCGUUGCAGGAGCUGCCAAAAGGUCGAAACGGGAACAUGAUCCCAAAUAAAUCGUGCGGGACGAGUCUGCAGGCUCCGAAGACAUCGACGAGCGUCCCGAAGUGGAAGAAUCGGGGCGAAGAGGGACAACAGGGCCCAGCAUCGGGGCCCGGAAGUGAGAGCGGAGGGACGAGUUCGGUCGGCGAUCAGCAAUGGAGGACGAAAAAGCACAACGCGAAACAGGGAAAACGGCUGAACUCGUCGAGGAGAACUCGAAGCGCUGAGAGACCGGACUCCCACUAUACUUACAUAGACUCAGGUUCAAGCAUCGUCGGCGCUGGAAUCCGCGAGGAUGUUAUUCCCGAGGCUUUGUACGCCAGCAUCAAUGGAUCCCCAAACAGAACUGCCAAUCUCAGCUCAUUGUCGGCCAAUAAUCAAACCAACGGACAGAAUAAUCACUCACAGCCAGUUUACGCAAUUCCCUCGAUGACGUCACCGCCGCCUACUUACGACGUCGCAAUGUGGCAGUCGGGACUCCCGCCAUCCUACGAGGAGUACCUCAGCCACAAUUACCCUAUAAAUUCGCGUUCCCACACGCCGCCACCGCCGUGGUCAGACUCGGGAAACGGUCAUCAGCAAUCUCGUCGAAAUAUUUUAGCGAGCCAGCCGGAUCUUCGAGAGUACUUGAACCAGCUCGCCAAGGCUCACGCCCAAGUAAAAGCUCAAGCUCUGCAAGCACAGGCGCAAAAUAAUAAUCAUACAUCCGGACGGCUCCAUCAGCAAAGGGUUCAACGCGAGUCGACAACCUCGGCCUCAAACCUCCAAGUAUCGCGGGAUCAGGCGGUUGUCUCCAACCGAGCUCGAACCAGGGUUUCUAGAUCUCAGAGUGAGAGUCGUGCGCGACAACAACGUGUCACAACAAUGUACGCGGAUGCUGCAUUUUGUAUGGAAACAACGGCGAUCCAAUCGGCUUUCGAACACGGCGUCGCAUUUUGCAGCUUAAUGUAAAUUAAUCCACACCGGUGGCGGAUGCAAGCCUAAAAGCUCUCCGUGCAAUUCUACAAUUAUUAUACAAUGCGCAACUUUUUUUUUUGUUUUACAUUGUACGACGAAAUCGCUGUAUACAGUAUAUAUUAUACACAAUAUGCGUAAUAUAAAAAACGGGCUAAUCUGAUCGAUAAAUCGAUUUGGGGGGGGGGUGAGUUGCUUCCUUUCGAAAAUUCGUUAAUCUUCCUUUCUGUUUCUUACACCUCACCUGGAAAGUGUAACAGCGUAAAAAAAAAAUCUCACAAAUCCGAUACUUUUGCUAUAUAUUUUAUACAACUUGUAUGACUUUUUCCCCCCGAAUUUGAUUCUCGACGUCUUUAAUAAUUGUCCGAUUAGAUUUACAACACACAAUGGUACUUUCGGAAUAUCGUGCCAUGAUUUUUUUCCCUGUUUUUACUCACGAUAAUCGUAGAGUCGUUUUUUAUCUCCUACAAGUGUUCCUUUUAAACGUUGAGAUUUGUUAAUAAUUUUUUACAACAUACGCCCCUUCUGCCUCCAAGAUUCAUGGAUGGAAAUAACGAUUAUACCGAAACAAUUAUAUCCGAUAAUCCAUGAUGUAUAACACAAUUACACCUACGUUAUGAUACCUAUAAAAUUAUAUAAUAUAAAUGUUAAUCGCGUAAGCAUAUUAUAAUUAUAUAAUUAUAUUUGAUAUAGAAAUUUACAUAAACGUUUUAGACGUGCAACAUAGACUGUCCUAACGACAUACAAAACAUACAGUAGCGUGUAAAUUUGAUGUUGACAAAAAUAUUGAAGAUAUAAAAAAUUAAUUAAAUGAAAAAAGAAAAACAGACAAAAAUAUUAGAUCGAGUAAUACACACAGUAUUUGUAUAAUUACGAACGCAGAUUCAUCCAUUCACGAUUAGAAAUAUCACUUGUUAUUUGACCCACCAAUUUCGCUUCGGUUAAUUGAAAAUCAAAAUCGUUAAGCGAAGAAGAGUGGAAAAGAAAUUACUGAAAUUUGUGCACACGGAGAUAAAGGAAAGUAAAUAUCCAUACAUGUUUCAGUUCAAGCCUAUUUAUUGUGAACUGUAAUACAAAUAAAAUAUACUAUACCAUAUUAGAAUGUAAAUAGAAUUUAAGCAGUAUUGUGACGAGUGUCGCUGAUAGAGAUACAUACUGAAAUACUGACGAUGAGAUACGUAUAGCUGCUUUUUCUUGUUUUAUCUGUUACGUGAAUAAAUGCAUAUUAUUCGUUUGCAUAAGGUGCAUUGAAAACUUACCAAGCAAGCUUGACAAAAUUUAACAUAAAUAAUUAAAUGACGAGAAUGGAUACGUAUGUAUUUCUGUAAGCGACAUUCUAAAGCGUAGAACUUUCUUUGGAAUGAAAUGAAAAAUUCAAUUAAAGACCGUCAAAGAAUGAUGACAUCGAAAAGCAAUAAGAGAAACAUACAUAGUAAGUUGAAUAUACGCAGCGUAUAUAAGAAUUAAGUUGUAUAAAGAUAUAAGAGCGCGGAUUAUGAUACGCGGUGGCAAAAUGUUUACUUAACCCGUUUUAGAACGUGAAGAAAAACGUUCUUUCUCGGGUAUAAUAAAAGUUGUAUAUAUUUAAGUAUACACUGAGAACGGAUUUGUUGAAUUUGCCAGAUACGACGAAAGAAAUGUGUUUUUAAAUAAAAUAUACUUAGUUUCACUUGAUAAACACGAGUCAUUGUUCUGACCAUUUUUUUUUUUUUUUGUUGGAUCAAACAGCAUUUCUUCGAAUCAAAAAAAUAUUUCCUCCGCCAUAUUUGGUAUAAGCGUUCAUCAAAUUAUUUAUACCGUACUUUGUAAAUAUUCAACCGUGCCAAUUGACAGAGGUUCAUUUCAAGCAAAAGUUCAACGCCAUGAUUAUAUUAUACUCCUCCGAUAUUCUGAGGCUUGAAAAAUAAAAUAUUAUGUAAUCAACGGAACUUUAUUGAAACAAAUGUUUCAAACAUGCGACUGAAGUUAGUCAAUUAGGCUUCAAUAAGUACAAAGGCCUCCUUUACGUGAAUAAUUUUUUUCAACCAGAUAAAGUUCGACAAAUAAAAGAAUUACGAGUCAAAAAGCCUUUUUAUCUAUUACUUCGGACUUUAAUAUAAAAGUCAAUCGUCGGAUAUGAGAAACGGUUUCAAUUUUAAAAGAAAUAUUCAAAUUUGAAGAAUGCCUCAGAUAAAAAAAAAAAGAAAAAAAAAAUUACUCUUAGUUACGUAAUUGCGUCUACUGUCGUUUGAUGCAAAGUUGGAAAUUUACAAGUGAGACAAGUAUCUCAAUGUAUAAGUACGAUAUUUUUCGACAUGAAAAAGAUUGAGGUAUACAACCGAGCGGUGAGAGUUGGUAUAUCUUCGAAAGUUGAUUUCUUGGCACUAACAUGUAACGAAGUUAUGUAAUGUAUACAGAGAAUAGCGGCGCGUUUUAGAAUAUCGUAUAAUUAUACAAAUUACUAAAUUUAAGGAUAUACUGCAUAAAUAUUAUCGUGAACUUAUUGUACUUCAUAAACUACGAAGCAAAAUACCGACACAAUUAGCACUGCGUCGUUAUAGCUACACGUUAUACCUACGAAUUUACGUUUACGUAUUUGUACGUUCUUGAAAAAAUCUUGACGUACAAAAAUACGUUAUCAGUCCUUUAUAAUCUCUGAUAAUUUCAAAUUUGUAAACUAUGACGCGGAUAAAAAUGUCAAGGCUUUCUUUAAUUGCUGCAGUAAAAUUGCUGAUUAUUUUCAGUUCUGUUUAUUCAAAUUUGUUACAUGAAAACCGUCAGUAUUAAUUACAGAUUUUUCCUAAAUAUAUAGUUAAGUACCUGCAAACAAAUGCGAGCAAGAAACAUAAUUAAACAGUAAAUGUAUAAGUAUUAUAUUACACACGUAUAAUAUAUAAUUAUAUAAACAUAUGAAGAGAUAAAUGUCGUGAAUUAUUAUUCUUAAUAUACAUGUUGAACAUUUCAAUGGAAUAUCUGACGAUAUGUUAUUAUUACUAUUACUAAAUAGUGAGAAAAUUUAUUAUAUGUUGUGUAAAGAUUCUAAUGCGGACCAUGAUCAGAUAGACUUAUGCUAUACAAAUACGAAUAUAAGAUAUAUGUAAUCGCGAAAGUAAAUAUACGGAUAUAUAAAGCAUUCGCGACGGUAUGGCAUCUUCUUUUCAUUUUCGCCUGCAUCGUCUUUGCGGCGUGCAAAAGUAGGGAAUCCGCGAUUUUAAAGAGAAAAAAAAUUAUCUCACGUACGAUAAUUUGAAACAAGGUUAGAAAAAAAAUCUUACAAGGAAGGCAUCCGAGAUCGAUCUUUCCGAUUUUAAUUCUUUUGUAAUAUGUUAUAGUAGACAUAAAAUUGAGACACUUAUUUUUUUUUUCAUCCGCCACUAAACACUUUAGGGGGAUGAAACCACCCUCUUGAAGCGUUUAAUGCCGGAUAAAAAAAAAAAAAAAAAAAAUCAGUGUCGAUUAGUUUUCAGUCUAUUAUGAAAUAUUACAAAAGAAAUCAAAUCUGAGAGAUCGACCUGGUAUACCUUCCAUGUUAGUUCCGUAACGAGUAUAUAUUCCUCAUAAUUUUUUUAAAAUUUUUUUUCCAUCCUGGCACUUUUUACGACAUGAUGUCAAAUUAUACGUGCAUAUAUAGAAGUGUUCCAUGUUAAAAUUAACGAAAGUAAAUACGUGCGAUUGCAUAUUUGCAGCCGCGAGCAGUUCAGAAGAAAUUAAGCCACUUCCGAUAAUAUUUACGCGAUUCUGCACAAAUUUGAAUUAAUAAUAAACACUAAUGCUCUAACUAUUGACGCAGACGUACGCAGCACAUGUAAGCCACGUAAUAGAGAUAAAAUUAUCCUUUAAUGUGAUAUACAAAUGUUUAGUGAUUUAGAAAAAUAUUGUAUGUUGUCUGUAUGAUACAUGUUUAGAGGACCAAAUACAUAAUCUUCCAGUGUGA